GGCGGCCGGAAGUGCUGGCGGCCGAGUCCGCGGAGCUGCUGCGCAUGCUCCCUGCCGCCUCCCAUCCCCCCGCUCCAGCCCCGGACUCGGCUGCUCUCGGAGACGCUUCUUGGACUUCAUGUGAGCAAAUGGCAAAUGCCGAAGUCAGCAUCCCUGUUGGAGAUGUGGUGGUUGUGCCCACCGAAGGGAAUGAAGGUGGGAAUCCAGAAGAUACCAAAACCCAAGUGAUCUUGCAACUGCAACCUGUACAGCAAGGGAUUUAUCAAGAGGGCACCGAGACCAGCACGGCUGUAGUGGCUGUCGAAACGCACACAAUCCACAAGCUUGAAGAAGGCAUUGAUCCUAGUACCAUCGAAACCAACGAGGAGAUUGAGAUUGCCUACCCCAUCACCUGUGGAGAGAGCAAAGCCAUCCUGCUGUGGAAAAAGUUUGUCUGCCCGGGCAUCAAUGUCAAGUGUGUCAAGUUCAAUGACCAGCUUAUCAGUCCAAAGCACUUUGUUCACCUGGCUGGCAAAUCUACCCUGAAGGACUGGAAAAGAGCCAUUCGUCUGGGAGGAAUCAUGCUGAGAAAGAUGAUGGACUCUGGGCAAAUUGACUUCUACCAGCAUGACAAAGUUUGCACCAAUACCUGCCGGAGCACCAAGUUUGACCUCCUGAUCAGCAGCGCCAGAGCACCAGUGCCAGGGCAGCAAAGCUUGGUACAGACUCCCACCUCUGCUGACGGAAGCAUUGCCCAGAUUGCUGUGUCUGAGGAAAGCAUGGAGGAAGGGAUUGAAUGGAACUCUGCUCUGACAGCUGCAGUCACCAUGGCAACCGAAGAAGGGAUCAAGAAGGAUCUAGAGGAGAUUUCAGAAGACACCUUGAUGUUCUGGAAGGGAAUUGCUGAUGUGGGGUUGAUGGAAGAAGUGGUCUGCAACAUUCAGAAGGAGAUAGAAGAAGUGCUGAAAGGUGUUCAGGAGAGACUUGGCCAGUCACCCCUUCUGGUUACUGAUGCAGCCAUCCUAAAUAACGUUGCUCAUACUUUUGGCCUGAUGGACACUGUCAAGAGAGUGCUGGACAACCGGAAGAGCCAGACUGAUCAAGGAGAAGAGCAGUUUCUUUAUACUCUUGCAGACGUGGAACGCCAGCUGGAGGAGCAGAAGAAUCUUGCCAGAGAUCAGAAGACAAAAUCGCAGACGGUUCAGAAUGUAGUCCUAAUGCCCGUCAGCACUCCAAAACUUCCCAAGAGGCCCCGGCUGCAGCGUCCUGCCUCGGCCACCGUCCUGAGUUCCUCUGCCUCAAUACAGCAACCUCAGUUCACAGUUAUUUCGCCCAUCACCAUUGCACCCAUGGGGCAACCCUUCUCUGUCAGCAACCUUCCCAUGGCAACCAUCAGCCAGGGCUCUAGCCCCGUAACUGUUCACACCUUGCCAUCUGGCUCGCAGCUCGUCCGCUACGCCACUGUGGUCUCUUCGUCCAAGACCGGCUCAUCUGAUACUGUGACGAUUCACCCGUCCUCCAGCCUGGCCCUGCUGAGUUCAGCUGCCAUGCAGGACAAUAGUACACUUGCAAAUGUGGCUACCGUGGUGAAUCCUGUGGAGCUGGUGGCCAUGGAGUCUGGACUGACCUCCACCAUUCAGGCUGUUGAGGGCACCUCCGAGGAUGGCCAGCCCAUCAUCGAAAUAGACCCAGCACCCGACCCAGAAGCUGAGACAGAGGAAUCUGGGGCCAAAGCUGUGAUUCUGGGAACAGAAAUAAGGACUGAGGAGAAAGUGGUAGCUGAGGUUGACCAACACCAGCACCAGGUCCACAACGUAGAGAUUGUGGUCUUGGAGGACUAGUUGGAAUGGCAAAUAUUAUCUUGGUUGAUUGUUCAUCUCUCUCUCUCUCUCUCUCUCUCUCAGUUUUUCUCUCUCAAUUUCUCUCUCUCUUUUUUUUUUUUAAAAACAACAACCUUCCAUCCAGGUAUGUUGCCAUGGAUAAUGUGAUGUUUAACUAGUCGUGCUCACUUGGAAGACAGCAGAGCCUCAUCUGUACAAACCAUUAAUUAAGGGAAGGGAGAGAAGAGAAUUCUUUCCAAGCAGCCCAGAAAGACAGAAAGCUAGCCAGUGCUGUUGUUGAGAGAACAUUUCUAAGAGAAAGACUGCACCUCUAUGUUUGAAAAGAUUUUUUGUCCACUUUUUUGGGGGGGGGGGGGUUGCCUGGAUUGUUUUCUCUUAGAAAUGGAUCUUGCCAGUUACUGGAAAUUGAUUUGACUGAUGAAUUUUAGGGGGAACCGGGCUCUUUCUGUUUCCUGGACCCCCACGAUUGCCAGCAAAGAACUGAUACAUUAUGCUGUAAUUUUACUUUGUGUGCAUGAGAGGAAAGAAAGAAACCUCCUGAUCGAUUCUAGACAUUACCCCUCUCGGUAUGGAGUUCAUUUUAUUUUUAUUUGUUGGUGUCCGUCAGAUCUUUUCAGCUUACCCAUAUAGCUGUUGUUCAGGGACCCAUUCUCAGCUCUCCCUUUCCAAGCCUUUCCCCAUGGAUGUUUUGUUUCCACAGGCAUUGUUACAAGACUCUGAAAACUCACUUAAGCUCUGAAAACUCACUUAAACACAGACAAGACCUGGGGGAAGGGGGAGGAUAAAGGAACAAGGCACAGAGUCUAAACAUCAUCUGCCUUUUGACAUCCUGGAUAUAUCAAGUGUGGGCUAUGCUGUUGCAUGCUGGGAGAGGGAGACUUGGCAGGCUGAGUGUAUCUGCUGUUUACUUUGCACGUCAGGAAUCAUACAGUUUACUAGCUCUCUCUAUAUGUAUAUAUAGGGCUAGUACGCGUGUAUGUGUGUGUGUGUGUGUGUCUUUAAAAAUUGUCUGCAGAAUUCUGACUGGCACAUCAAUUUGGCAAGGUGACUGCCUGGUCAUCCUUCACAUAGGUUGGAGGGUUUAUUUUCCCCUUUAAGGGAAGAGUAGGGAGUGAAGAAGCGAUCUUUUUUUCAGUUAAUUUGUUAAAAUCUAGCGAGUGUGAAUCUACUUUAUUUGAAAUAUUUAAAGUCAGCAAGAAGAAGAAAUGACUUUGGGGAGGCAUGGGGAAAGUGCUGCUUGGCUAUUUUUUUCAUUAAAAGUUUUUUUUAAAAAAAAAA